UAGCAGAGACAAGGACCACAGAAAAAAGACCGAGAGCGACACUUUAGAGUUUCUCACAAACCUACUAAAAGGAUUUCCUCAUCUCAAGGUUACAUUCCUUCUCAGUAGAGUUUGUUUGGAUCUUCCUGUUUGCUUUUUUUCGGGGAACGAUGAUGUUUACCGCUUUCAACACGGAGUGCGAUUCUUCCUCCCGCUGCAGCACCGCCUCCCCGUCCGGGGACAAUUUGGGAUACUACCCGUCACCAGCGGGAUCAUACUCCAGCAUGGGGUCGCCCCAGUCUCAGGAUUUCACUGACCUGACAGCAUCAAGUGCCUCCUUCAUCCCCACGGUAACAGCUAUUUCGACAAGCCCGGAUCUGCAGUGGAUGGUCCAGCCUUUGAUCUCCUCAGUGGCCCCUUCUCACAGACCUCACUCCUACAGCCCCAGUCCCACCUACUCGAGACCAGCCAUGAGGUCUGCAGCAUCCAAGGCUCACAACUCUUCCAAGAGGGGAAGGAUGGAACAGAUAACACCCGAGGAGGAGGAGAAGAAAAGAAUUCGCAGAGAGAGAAAUAAGCAGGCAGCAGCAAAGUGCCGCAACAGGAGGCGAGAGCUCACAGACACUCUGCAAGCUGAAACUGAUCAGCUGGAGGAUGAGAAAUCCAGCCUGCAGAACGAUAUUGCUAAUCUCCUGAAGGAGAAGGAAAGGCUUGAGUUCAUUCUGGCUGCCCAUCAACCCAUCUGCAAGAUCCCCUCAGAGCUGGACACAGACUUCUCCGUGGCCUCUAUUUCUCCUGCCCACCCCUGCCUCUCCACCAAAGUGUCCCAGCCACAGCCCACCAUUCCAGAGGCAUCCACUAUCGCUCCCAGCCAGCCAACCUCCAACUCAAUCUUCUCUAGCAGCAGCUCCAUCCUCUCCACCGCCACCGUCUCCAGCAGCACGGUGAAGAUGACAGACCUGGACGCCUCCGUCCUGGAGGAGUCUCUGGAUCUGCUGACAAAGACAGAGAUGGAGACAGCGAGGUCAGUGCCAGAGAUCGACCUGUCCAACUCCCUCUACACAACUCAGGACUGGGAGGCCCUUCACGCCUCAACCAGUAACAAUGACUUUGAGCCCCUGUGCACGCCCGUGGUGACCUGCACGCCGGCCUGCACCACCUUCACGUCUUCUUUCGUAUUUAGCUUCCCAGAGGCAGACACCUUCCCCACUUGUGGCGUCGCUCACAGGAGAGGAAGCAACAGCAACGACCAGUCCUCUGAUUCCCUCAGCUCACCUACCCUGCUGGCCCUUUAAAGACUCUUCCAAAAACAAUAACACUUCCUAUCAAGCACAUUUUCUUGAUGUAGGAGAUAGAUGUGCAGAUCACAGGGCUAUGGAAUGGACUUGUACCAGGAAGCAAAUCAUUUAUGAUUUUAUUUGCCUUCAUCUAUACUUGCCUAUUACACCAAUGUAGCAAGUUAAAAAGCAUGUUUUAACUAAUACCACCUAGUUGUUUUAUGAGUUCAUAUAAGAUUUUAAUGGUGCUAGAUAACAAUAUUUGUUGUAGUGCUGAUGUGUGUUCAGAGCAAUAGUUAUUAUUGACCCAGUUUGUUUUCUGGUUGAUGGAGUGUAAGAGUAAUUGUGAGCUGUUUGUGAAACUUAAAAACCUGACAUGCUUUGUGUUAACCAUGGUCUGAGUGGUCUAUCUCAGUAUGAAGUUUUCUGUGAAAACAGUAGUGGUUUUAAUUUAUGGAAUUUCAAUUUAUUUUUUUACAGAGAGAGUAAAGAUGAAUGUUGUUUGUAAGAUAUGUAAAUAAAAGAUAGUGAUAUUUC